AUGAAGGCCAAUGGAAGAAGAAUGAAUGCUGCUGUAAGAACUAAUGCUAGAUGGUUGUUUGGAGGAGAUGGACGUAGCAAUGAUGCAAGGCUGGAGCGCAGUGAGUCUGCUAAUGAAGAUAUCUUGAUCUUCUACUUCCAGAUGGAUCUACAGACCCGUAUACAAUAUGCAUUGAAUAUAGAACAAUUUGAUGUGGCAAAGCAAUUGAGAGAAAAACUAACCGAGAUUGAAACAGAAAUUAUUAGACAGCGUGAAGCUAAAAGGGGAUCACCAAAGACUGAAGCUCAAGACAAAGCUCUUAAUCUUUUACGUGUGCGUGCAGAUCUGCAGAAAGCUAUUGACAGUGAAAACUAUGCUUUGGCAGCUGGUCUCCGUGAUGACAUUGCCAAACUUGAGGCCGAGUCUCUUGCCGUAUCUGCUAAAGCUCUUGCUUAUCAAAAUGUGAAAUAUGCUUUUCGAUUAGGGCAGAAAGUACGUCACAAUAUACAUGGAUAUAGAGGCGUGAUAUGUGGCAUGGAUCCGGUGUGCUGUGAAUCCAAGUCCUGGAUGGAGACAGCAAAUGUGGAGAAGCUGUCUAAAGGUCCAAAUCAACCUUUUUAUCAGGUCCUGGUUGAUGUUUAUGUUGAUCCAGAACUGCUGGUUGCAUAUGUCGCAGAAGAGAAUCUUUCUCCAGCUGAAGAAUCAGAAAAAGGAAGGUUUGAUCACCCCUACAUUGAAUUUCUCUUUUACGGUGAGGACACAGCUGGGGAUUUCAUCCCUAUCAAGCAGCUCCGUGAGAAGUAUGACCAGCCACGUUAUGAAGCUUCUGGAGAUGAAAGUGACAACGAUGGCAACACAAAUAGCUGA